UGCGGCUUUUGCUGCGCCAACUUGGUUUUGUUUAGUUGUAAUUGCUUUAUUUCGUCAUUGGUGUUGUUGUUUUCUCUUUGUGGUAAGGUUUGAAGGCUCAACUAAAAUUUUUUCAAUCAGCUGUCAACGUCAUCGGCAUCAAUGUCAGCUGCGAAAUCCAGUUUAUAUAAAUUAUAUUUGUACCACUUGGGGUGCCGUAUGAGUGCAAGGUCAACGCAGAGUGAAUGAACGAUACUCGAGCGAGUUCUCGAAUGCACACACGCGCACGUUCUUAAAGUUCGUGUGUAUGCUACACACAGUCGGCAAAUUAUGCGAUAAUGGGACGCAAGUUAAAGGGCGAAGAAAACUGUAUGAAAAUUGAUGAGCUCUAAUGGGUUUCUAAUACUCCGAAACGUUAGCAGAAACUGCCUAACGGCGUUCGGCCAAGCAAUUAUUGAUUGGAAGUUGCAACAUACAUAUAGAAAAAGUUACUUAGAGCUACAUUUGUAUCCUAUCUUACAUGUAAACAGUCAGGCCAGUGUCCAGUGUGUAAUAUGCAAGCUCCCAAUCCCUGUGCCGUAGGCUCAAAUUAAACUUUAACUCAUGUACCCCUCACUUAUUCGGAUGAUCAGUAAGACGUUCUACAUAUACUGGCAUACUCUACUGUUUCAGCACUUGUUUUUCUACUAAUAAAUUUGUGUUCUUCGCCUUAAAAAGCAAAGCGAAAAAUUCCUCCUCACUUUCAAAUAUAACAUACAUACAUAUAUUUUUCAAGCCAAUAAGGCAUAUUUUUAGAGACUAUAAUCCGUCAGCUUACAACAAACCAACGGAACUGCAUAUGUAUAUUCAACGCAAAAUGCACAACACCAGUCUAUUGCUCAUCUUCAGCGUGUGCCUUAGUCUGACCCUGGUUGCAGUUACAUUUCAGCAAACGGAGGCGCUGCGCCGCAUCAAGCGCGGCUCUACUGUCUCCCAAAACAAAACCAAGCUUUCCAGUGACCUUCUGUCGGAUAUGGACAACACUUCAACCGACGUGCAUUUUAGCGGACAUUCCACGACUGCCCUAGACAAUCAAGAAGGCAUAAAAAGCCGCAAUGAGCACACAUGGGCCAAGAAAGCAGUGGCCGCUGUUGAGCAUGCCAUCGAUAAAGCGUUUGCUUCACUCAGCCACAAGUCCGAUGCCGAAAAAACGAAGAGGAGCGCACACAAUCCCAGCAAGCCCAAAGAUGGCAGCAUCGCCGGCCACGAGGUGCACAUGACUGCUCUAUCGCAUCUGCUAGCUAAGCGAGGCAUCGGCUCACGAAUUUUCGAAGACAUGCAGCGCGAGGCUGAAUUCGCUUCCGGCGAAGGCCCCGCAGAAGUGCUCAUCAUUGACAAUGGCUUCCAGCCGAUGAUGAACAUGCAACACGGCAUCAACUCUUAUGCAUUGCAUCAACCAAACUUACGAAACGUCGGCGGUAGCCUCAAGCACUUGGCCGAGAUUAGCAAGGAGUCCAAGUUAAACAAUCAGCAGAGUCCAAAACUAACUUCUUACACCUCCGACAUAAGUGACGACGUUAUGGCCAUUAAGCAUAGCAACGAUAACGGGAUUACUGAGUUGAAUGGAAACAAAGAAGUUGCAGUGGUCAAGAACAACAAGCAUAGUGAUAACAAUGAUGAUGACAGCAGAGGCGAGUACAAAACGGUCGACAGCCACAAGCGGAACAAUGACCAUGUGACGCUCACAAUUGGAGCUCGCAAUGGAGAAGCAAAGCACAAUAGCAUUAACAACAACAACAACCAUAUUAAGAGUAACAAUGAUGAGCUUAUCGCCGACAAAAGUCAUCCCACCAAUACUCUACAACAACACAGUCAACAAUUGCAGUCGCAAAAACUACAAGAACAACCGUUGGAAAACAAGGAUUCAUUUCCUUCGUUAUUAUCGCAUUCACAGAAGUCGGUCGAAGGCAUAGGAGCGACGAACAAAUUGCAGGAGGAAUCAGAGGGACUGCAACAACGAAAGAAGCACGAAAACGACAAAUCAGUGGAGGUUGGAAACACACACAACGUACAGCAAGCGACCGCAUUGGCAACGCCACACCAACAGCAAAUGCAAUUCGUUAAACAUUCCAACGGAAAAAUGCUGCCGAUGGAAAGCUUUCUCAAGUUCGCAAAUAUGAUGCUUUAUAAAAUGGGAGCCGAUGGUAUUCCAAUGCAUGCGCAGGGUGCUCAACUCGCUGUAAGCGGCAAUCCAACAACAUCUGUCAUAAGCAUUGGUCCAAUUGUGGAUGGUGCUGAAGAGGCAGGUGCUAUGGAUUACCUGUACAACCCAUUCGAACCCCAACUAAACUUUCUACGUAACCCAGGAUCGUUCGUCGCUCCACCUACCCUAAUGGGAGGCUCUACCAAUACCGCUUUAGUCUCGCGUCCCUACUUGCUGCCCCCAUACAGCUUAGCGAGUUCUAACCAACCUAUUAACUUAAUCGAAAACGCUUUAGACCUUCUGUUGAAUGCCGAAGAGGGAGGAAAUGACGAAAUGGAAUUAGUUUGCCCCAUACAUCAUCCGAAAAAGAAGUCCAGCGAUGGCAAUGUAGAUGGAAAGGACAAAGAUGGCGUUAUCCAAGUAUGUUCGUGCCGCUUCUUCAAAAAGAACAAGAACUAACGCUGCUCACAUAAAUGUACUUCUGAUGUGAAUAUAUUUUAUACGAGGCUAUCGUUCAGAUCCUCAACAUUCAAUUCG